AUGGGGAUGUGGGUAUUUGGGUACGGCUCUCUUAUUUGGAAAGCCGGGUUUAACUAUGAUGAUCGUCUUGUUGGCUUCAUCAAAGAUUAUCGCCAUGUCUUCUACCAAGCGAAAACCGACCACAUGGGGACGCCCGAGUGUCCAGGCAGGACCGUCACACUGGAGCCUGCUAAUGGGGAAGUCUGUUGGGGAGCUGCGUACAAGAUAUCCAAGAAAGAAGAUAAAGAAAAUGCGAUAACGCAUUUAGAAGUGAGGGAGAAGCAGUAUGACAAGAAAGCUUAUUUUGAUUUCUUCACUGAUCCCACAGCUACAAUUCUAGCCAUUCCUGGGGUGAACAUAGCAUCUCCAGACAAGAAGCUUAAUAAGAACUAUUUGGGGCCUGCUUCUCUUGAAGAGAUUGCCAAACAAAUUAUUAAUGCUGAAGGCCCCUCGGGACCAAACAGACUUCCUCUUCCAACUAGAAAAAGGCUCUUCUUCUACUUGGAUGCAAAGAUAAACAUGUAA